CAUUCGGCGCAAAAAAAUCACUCCCCACAAACCCUAACUAAACCAAAUAAGAGACGGAGAAGAAAAUCAAGAUCCUUCCUCCUUAUUUUUCUUUUUUAAUUUUAAAUAUAAAUGGUCAAACCAAUUCCUAUCUCAACAGUUCUAAGAGGAGCGUCCGCCGCAGCAUCCAAAUUCACCAAAUCAUCGAAACCGAUCCGACCCAUAUCCUCCAACAUGUCGACUCCCGACAAAGAUUCCUCCGCCGCCGCCACCGCCACGACCAGCGGCAGUAGUCGCCGCAGCGUCCCGCUUUCCGCGGUGGUAUCCGAUUGUGCGCAGCGGUGGUUCCAAGACACUCUUGAAGAAGCGAAAGCUGGGAACAUCACUAUGCAAGUUGUAUUGGGUCAGAUGUAUAACUCUGGCUACGGAGUUCCCAAAGAUGCUCGAAAGGCGAGAGUUUGGAUUACGAAAGCGUCAAGAGUUCGUUCUUCUGUGUGGAAAGUCAAGGAUAAACGACCAGGUUACAAUGCAAGUGAUUCAGAUUCGGAUUCUGAGUAGCAUCAUAUUUAUCCAUAUAGCAAGACAAAUCGUUUAUCGAAUUAGCUUGUUUUUGUGUCUUCUGUUUUGUCUCAUAUUGUGGAUGAUGUUACAAGUUCAUACAAUAAACAAUAUCUUGUCUUGGCUGCAAA